AUGCAAUCAUCUAUGUUCAUAUAUCUUCUGUUAUCUUUAAUUUCAAAUCGUUUAGUAGUUGUCAGAACAUUGGAUUUUGGUACUGUGAAUUCCGCGGGCCAUUACAUUCAAGCGCUACAGCGCGUUUUAGGUAUGCCAUUUUAUUUGGCGAAUUUUAAGCAGUUGACAAAAUGCCUACUUAUUUUAACACUUAUUAUUACUAUAAUACCUCAUUCAUCUUAUGCUCAAAUUAAUGGAAUUUAUUGUGGUGAAGAAACUUGUUAUGAUGUUUUACAAGUUACUCGUGAUGAUGAUAAAAGUCGAAUUCGUAAAGCCUAUCAUGAAAUGGCAAGAAAACAUCAUCCAGAUAGACAGAAAACAGUAGAGGAGAAAAUUAAAGCAGAAGAACGUUUCCGACUGAUCAAUACUGCCUAUGAGAUUUUAAGUGAUCCAGAACAACGAACGGAAUAUGAUUAUAUGCUUGAUAAUCCAGAUCAAAUGUAUUUUCAUUAUUAUCAAUAUUAUCGACGUCGUGUUUCAACUAAAGUUGAUGUACGAUUAGUGAUAUUAUCCAUCCUGAUUAUUAUAUCAUCAAUACAAUAUGCUGGUCAAUGGACAAGUUAUAAUCAUGCAUUAAGUUAUUUAUUAAAAGAUCCAAAACAUCGUGCUAAAGCAAAACAGCUAGCUAGUGCUGAUGGUCGUUUAAAUAUAUCCAAAUAUGAAGUUGGUCGACGUUUAACACGUGAUGAAUUGAAAGAUCGUGAAGAACAAUUACUGCGGAAUAUAUUAAAAGAAACUGUUGAACUUCGAGGUGAUUGUUGUCGACCCAGUUUGAAACGUGUUCUACUGGUUAGAAUAAUAUUUUUCCCAUGGACAUGUUUUGUAUGGUUACGUUGGAUGCUUAAUUGGAUUGUAAACUAUUGGAUACUACGUAAGGAUUAUGAUGAAGAAGCGCGGAUAUUUAUUACUAGACGUCGUUUGAAAAUGAAUGAAAGUGAAUGGGAUUAUGUAGGUGAAUUGCAACAAGCAAAGUAUUUAUCACAAAAACUUUGGAUUAAUGAAAAUUAUCAGAAAUUUCUCGCCGAUCAAGAAGAAGCUAAUCGUAUACGUGCAGCUGAAGAUACUGAUUUAAAACGUUAUCGACGUUAUACUAAACGUACUGGACCGGCUCAAGUGAAUCUUGAAGAUUUAUUCUAACAACUGUAAUGCUUUUGUAUAAAUAAAUCUAUUAUAUACACACUGACAGACAGUUAGUUGAUAAUGCUUCCUCUUCCUUCCUUCUUUUCUCUUUAAGGUUAGUUUUUUUCUGUGUGUAUACAAUAUUCGCCUUGUCUUUCCUGUUUACGGAUAUUUCUCUACUUUUUGCCUUAUGUUAUGUUAUGUAUGUAUGACUUGUGAACAUGAGACAUGAGUUCGAUCACCACUCUCAGUCUGUCUCUGUGUGUGUGUGUGUUGCUGCUCUCAAUCAUGUGUGUGCCUUAAGCUUUCAUUUUUCUGUACUGUACUGUAUCAUUUUUAUUAUUGGUGAUGGCGUGAUGGUGUUAGCCUUGGUCAAAUUUGUACAAUAAAAUUAAUUGUCUAAUAUAAUCAAAUAGAUUUAUACAUUUACUCGA